UGGCUUUUCUAUGCACUUCGUUCGCGCUCAGUGCAAACAGUUCCGUCAUUUUGUUCAUAUGUAUCAUCACAGAAACUAGAGCUACUGCAAUUGCCGUUUCUUUAAUUCCACUUCGAAUAGUAUUGCAUAAAGAUAAACAAUUUUGUCUGACCGAUUGCGGAAUAAACUACUAGUUAAAGUGGUUUCGUCUUAUCAGCUUCCAACAUAACUACGCAUAAUGUUUCGACAUUUGAAGGUUUAGUCUUGAAGACCCUACGCGAAAGUUUAGACAGUAAUUUUUUUAAACUUUAAUGAUCCAGGUCAAUAAUCUUCGAAGUAACUGAGUCUAGCAGAAUAGAUAACUGAAGAGAAUUUUUGAAACUGAAGAGAAAAAGAAGAAAAGAAUUUUUUUCUGUUAUUAAUUUUUUUCAUAUUUUACAUUCUUGCUUUGAGAACAACCGUACUUUUUGUGAGCUUUAAUAACCGGAGUGAUUUUGCUAAGAGUUUUUGUGAGUUCCCAACAAUAUAGAUUUCAAGUCUUGCACAAUGACACGAUGUAUUCAGUUGUAUCUAAAAUCAAGCACAUACGAUCGUGAAUAAAUAUUUUCACAAAUAUUUCCGAAUAAUUAAGGAUAAAAGUACCUUGCCUUUAUUUAAAAAUAUGGAAAAUCACUAUCGGAGUGUGUGAUUCGAAUGCUGUUAAAUCAGAACUCUGGACACGUGUUCAGUCGAAGGUUGCUAACACGUAGAAAAAAGAGGUGCGUGGAAAAUAAUAGCUGAGAACUUCAUUAGACAAGAAUAUCCGUGUGGCGAAGAAGACGCGGUCCAUUUCCGGUCCGCCGAUUUGGCGGCAUGGUCCUUUGGGCCACGAUACUCAUCCUUCAAGGUGCUAGUCUUGUGGGCUCUACUACAGGGAUCCCUGGAGUUCCGGAAAACAUAACUGUAAUGUUUCUAAAUCCAACAUCAGUGCGUGUAUCUUGGAGCACAAAUCAGGUUGAGCAAGUAGAAAAAUACGAUGUGACAUACAAACCUACAGAUGCAAGGGUGGUGGCGGUGGUCGCAGGUAACAGCGAAGCGGUCACUCUUAGCAAUUUGCGUGCAGAUACGCAAUACCAGCUGGUUGUCACUGCUGUGAAAGAUGGCAAAAAACUUCGAAGUCGGCCAAUUGUCUUCCGUACACUUGAACCUUCGAAAUUGUUUUCUCAACAAGAUUCAUCUGUAUCUGAAGUUCCUCUUCCCCCUCCACCAUCAUCAUCGGCGCAGCAGCCGCAAACUUACAUUCAGUUGUUCCUUAGUGAUGGCGAUGGUGAUGGUGAUGGUGAUGGUUAUGGAUCAGCAAUGGAUUUUGUAUAUUCCUUGAAGGGGAAUAUGGCUUAUUGA